AUGUCGACUUUUGACGGAGUCAUAAGGGAAUUUCCUGGAGUCAGAGAACACAGCGUUUACUGCUCAGCCGCCACCCGAGCCAUGCUCCUGAAGCUUCAGAGAUACUCAUCUCGGAUCAACUUCCAUCAAGGACGGCUUGAGAAGGAGGAGAUCACAUACAAGCACCAAAAGAGGAGGCUGAAAUCGUUGCCUCUCGAUACACCCACAGAGAUCGAGCUAGAACCUGGUAACAUCAUAUGUGUUACCCUCUUCGAUGCUAAUCACUGCCCCGGUGCUGUCAUGUUCCUCUUUGAGGGAAAUGGCAAAGCAGUGGUCUACACGGGAGAUAUCCGGAGUGAGCCGUGGCACGUAAACGCCAUUGGACGAAGUCCCUGCAUGGUUGAGUAUUCCUCCGGCCUCAAGUCACUUGACAGAGUUUAUCUAGACACGAGUUUUACCGAGGACCUAGUCUUUCAGACGAAAGCCGAAGGACUCCGCGAGCUUAUCGAAAAGGUGGCACAGUAUCCCAAGACAACCAAAUUCUAUUUCUCGGCCUGGACUUACGGCUAUGAAGAGGUCUGGAUCGCACUAGCCAAGGCUCUGGAUACUCGGAUUCACGUUGAUGACUACAAGCUCAACGUCUAUAAGUCUCUCCAGGUCCCACUUCAGGAUGGCCAAUACAUGCACCUGAGUCCUGAAGCUCCGGCGCUAACUGGAUUCACAUGCGGGAAUCGAUUUCAGCCUGGACUUUUGACAAGCGACGACGCUGUUCGAUUGCACAGCUGCGAGAAGGGCACGCGUUGUUCGACCAUGGCUGAUGGGAGAAUAGUCUACAUCACCCCGAUUGUUGCCCAUCUGACCAGCACCAGUGAUAUGGCCGAGAUUGGCAUCGGCGGUGGGGCUGGUGAUCUUGAGCAAAACGAAGAGUUGGUUCUGAGCCCCGAAGACGCUCGUAUUCUCCUUCAGAGCCGAGCUAACAAGAGCAGCGUCGAUACGAGCAAAAACCUAUCCCCAGAUCUCAAGUCGUCACUGCCGAAUUUCCUCCUGAGUGCGGCAUCGGGACAGCGCCCGGUCACUCUUAGCCUUCCUCGAUCAAAUACCGAGGAAGUUGAGAGUGAUGAGACAGACCUGCAAAGGGCGCUGGCAUCACUCACCAAGGCUUCAGAUGAAGGCCGGGGAAGAGAAGCAGCCAGCGCUCUUCCCAACAGGAUCAGGUUUCCUUAUGCGCGUCACUCCUCCUACCGCGAGCUUUGUCAUCUGCUCCAGGUCUUCAGACCUAGGGACGUCUGGCCCUGUUCUGUGAACUCUGUGCGCUGGAUCAAAGAAGGGAUCACCAUCCAAAGACUCUUCGGUGACUACUGCACAGGCGAAGUCUUUCAUCAUGACGAGUACAUGGCCGAACUGGCCGCGACAUUGGAUAUAGGAGAGCCAGAGCAUUCUAGUCAAACAACGACUGAUUCUGGGGCGGGUCAAGAGACCGUACCUGGCCAUGCAGGGCCCAAGGAUAAGUAUCACAGUCAAGAGACUAGUUCCCCGCAUCCGAGCGCAGUCGACCUGACUGAGCAGAGAACGCGAGCACCUGGGCAUCUCCUUGACUCCCAAGAAAGCUCCAUCUCCACUCAGACGUUGGAGACUCGACAGGUCGCCUUUAACUCCAUGCUUGGUCUUUCGGCUGAUUGCGACUGGCCUGGUUUGCUCUCGACAACGGACAAUCACAUUCACGCCGAAGCCGAGCUCGGUGACCCACCGUGA